AGACGGGGGUGAAGGAUUUCAAGAGAAGGGAAUCCUGCUGUAUACACAGAGUGAAAGUUUACUUUGAAGCGUCUUUCAUCCAAGGCAUCCAAAGCACUUCAUACAAUCCAGUGUAUUAAGCAUGGCAACGUGUCUGUGAGAUUGUGGCCAAGGAAGUCUUGAAAUGUGCCACAGAUUUGUUCUUCGUAUUACACUGAUGGCUAGUCCGCAGGGUUGUUCCCAUUCUGUCCUCGUCUAACUCCUUCGUGCAUAUGCUGCAUGCAGGGGCCUGGCUGAGUGGCAGCAAACACAGCCAUGCAUCAUCUCUUCAGGCUGGUUUUGGCACAGAAGGACCUUUCACGCGCGGGGGAUCUCUUCUCCUUAGAUGAUGCUGAAAUUGAAGGAAGCCUCUCGGAAGCUCUUGAACAAAUAAGACUAAUUAGUUCAUCUCCUGACUACCAAACCAACGACAACGACCAGGCUGUGGUGGAAAUCUGCAUCACUCGCAUCACCACUGCCAUCAGGGAGACGGAGUCCAUCGAGAAGCACGGGAAGGCCCUCGUGGCUCUCUGGGAGUCGUGUCUGGAGCACAACCUGAAGCCUUCUGGAAAAGAUGAGGACACGCCACAUGCCAAAAUAGCAUCUGAUAUCAUGAGCUGUAUCUUGCAGAAUUACAAUCGACCUCCAGUAAUGGCCUUAGCUGUCCCAGUGGCGGUGAAAUUUCUCCAGAGGGGCAAUAAGGAGCUGUGCAGAAACAUGUCGAGUUACCUAUCUUUGGCUGCAAUAGCCAAGGCGGACCUGCUGGCUGAUCACACAGAUGCCAUCGUCAAAAGUGUCCUUCAAGGGAACUCAAUGCUGCUGCGUGUCCUGCCUUCCCUGUACGAGAAGCAACCACAGCCGAUAAACCUCCAUCUGAGGGAGCUGGUGGCCCUGCUGGCUCAGCUGCACCAAGCCGAACAGCACCACCUCCUCAGGCUCCUCCAGGUCGUGGCGAGGAAGAAAGAACUUGGGGUGCUGAAAGAGUGUAUUCCGUGCCUACUGGGACACUUACAAGACCCUAGCCAUAGCGAUGCUAUUCUAAACAUACUUGUAGAAAUAUCUGGCUAUGACCCGGUAGCCUUAGCUGCUUUUCUUCCGAAGCUAAAAGAAAUUGGUGAGAGUUUUCCAAGUUUGAUUGGGCAAACGGCAAAGAUCUUUGGAGCUGUUGGACAUAUUGAUGAGGAGCGAGCCAGGAUGUGCCUGAUGUAUUUAGUGAACCAUCUGGCCAACAUGGAGCACUCAUUUCACCACAUCCUUUUACUGGAAAUUAAGAGUCUCACUGAUGCCUUCUCCAGCAUCUUGGGCACCCAGAGCAGAGAUAUCUACCGCAUGAGCAACAGUUUCACUGCCAUAGCCAAGCUCCUCGUCCGACAGCUAGAGAAUGACAACGUGUCAGCAGCCAGGACAGAAAAUGAUAUUGAAAUAGAAUCGCCUGUACCACUGGAUGAUUUAAAAUCUGUUAUGAAUGGAAAUGAAGAAGAAGAAAAGCUUCAAGUUAAGAUACAGGCUUUUGAAGAAAAAAUAAACAUCAACAACAGUACUCCUGGCUCAGUAAGAAGAUACAGUUUAGGCCAGGUUUCUAAAGAAGAAAGGAAAGAUAUGAGAUUUAACAGGUCCAAAAGCCUUGCUUUGCAUGCAGUCCGCAUGAAGUCGGUAAACUUAGACGGUGGUCAAGAUGAGGAGAACGGGGACGUACCUGCGGGUGUCUCCUUCACCGAGAUCUACAUUAGCCAAGAAAAUGACAAGUUACCUUUUGGUGUUGAUACCGAAGAAAUGCAACUGGGAAAUUCUUUGGUUUCACACCAAAGUGUUGAUUACACAGAAUCAGAAAAUUUGCCAGAAUCCAGUAGAGAAAAGGCCCAUGAAGAAAGCGCAGAGGUGCUGAAGAGUCCUGCAGAAUACCAAGACAAACUCUACUUGCACUUGAAGGAAAACUUGGGUAAAGUGAAAGCAUACGUCAUGGAGAUGGGGAAGAAAAUUCCUAUCCCUGACCAGUGUGUUAUUGAAGAUACCGUGAGAAACUGCGUAGCAAAGCUGUUCUUCAGCUGUCCCCUGAAGGGCCACUACUGCCUGUACAGUAAAUCCAGCUUCACCCUCGUCAGCCGGCAGCCCCCGCUGUGGAUCCACAUCAUGUUUCUCUUCCAGCAGAGCUUGUUUGCAGAACCUUUGUCAAUACAGAGUAAUUCUGUGCAAGUCCUCAAGGCCCUGUGGGAGAAGACACAGCUCAAGGGGACACGCAGUUUUGAAACUGCCAUGAUCCAGUCUACAUUUCCACACCAAAAGGAUCUGGACCACGUGCAGAUGCACCUGGAAGAAGUGAGGUUCUUCGAUUUAUUCGGCUACAGCGAGGAAGCGGGAACGUGGCAGUGUUUCAUGUGCAAUAACCCCGAAAAGGCAACAGUGGUAAAUCAGGAUGGCCAACCUCUGAUGGAAGGCAAGCUCAAAGAGAAGCAAGUCCGCUGGAAGUUUAUCAAAAGGUGGAAAACUCGCUACUUCACCCUGGCUGGCAACCAGCUGCUCUUUCGGAAAGGAAAAUCCAAAGACGACCCCGACGACUGCCCCAUCGAGCUCAGCAAGGUGCAGAGCGUUAAAGUGGUGGCGAAGAAGCGCCGGGACCGCAGCCUGCCCCGGGCCUUCGAAAUCUUCACGGACAGCAAGACCUACGUCUUCAAGGCCAAGGACGAGAAGAACGCGGAGGAGUGGCUUCAGUGCAUCAACGUUGCCGUCGCGCAGGCAAAAGAAAGGGAGAGCAGAGAGGCCACCACCUACCUGUAGGGCUGCUGGCACCUCCAAAACAGGGCAGCUGCCUGCAGACUGCUCGAGGGGAAUUUCCCUGGCCCCGGCCAGCUGCUGGGACGUGGGAAACUGGGGGGAGGCUGUUGGCAGGGGCCAGGGAGGCCGUGGGGCAGCGCGGCAGCUUUAACACUACCGGGGGACCCAGCGCUGCGCCGUGUGCUGGUGUAGACGUAGCUUGCACAUCCGCAAGCAAAAUGCAGGUUUUUCUUCAGCCUAAUUGCCUCAAGGCCAGGAGACGUGGUCAGAAACAGCCCGGCCCUGGCCUCCCAGCUCCUGAGAGAUGAGGUCUCCGUGGCUUUGAACACUGCCGAGAGCAUUUGAGCAUGUAUGGGCUUCUUGCGUUCCUCACUCGCUGUCCGUCUGUGAAAAGAUAAUUUUCCCUCUUAUUUAAUCUCAAUGUACCUUUUUACUGUUUAUGUGCCCAUGAAAAAAAAAAAAAUCAUAGUUGCUUCUUCUUUCAGAUCUGAGAUGGGGCAAUUUUAAAGGUUUAAUAGUGCUGAAAAAUAAAAUUCUAUAUUACA